UCAGGUACUCCCCUUGUCUGCAACAUACGAAGACACAAAAUGGAGUUGACUCUACCUGGCUGAGGAAAAGUACAGAAUUGCUCAAUAUUAUGCAUAUCCUGAAGUUUUUCUUUGUGUAUUUGAUGAAUUAACAAUACAUAAGUCGACUGAGAUCCCGAGGAAAAAGGAUUAAACAUGUUUUGGAUAUUAAUAAUCGCCGCUUUAAUGGGAACAGAGCCCACCACGGCUAUAUCGGUUACAUGCCCUACCAAGAGGUACAUCGUCAUCCUCUUCCAGCCCGUCACCCUCACCUGUAACUACCAGACAACAGCCAUUCAACCUCCUGUUGUCACGUGGAAGUACAAGUCGUAUUGCCGGGACCCGAUCCAGGCUGCGUUGAAUCCCAGCAGUGCAGAGAACAUCCUGUCUCAGAACAACCCCAACUACGACCCCAACAUCGAGUGUGCCGACAGCCAGAGGACGGUGCGCAUAGUGGCCUCCAAGCAAGGCAAUGCUGUCACCCUUGGCACGGAGUACCAGGGUCGCAAGAUCAGCAUCCAAGACAAUGCAGACCUGAACAUCGCGCAGACAGCAUGGGGCGACAGCGGUGUCUACGUCUGUUCUGUGAUCUCUUCCCAAGACCUUUCAGGAAACGGUGAAGACUACACUGAACUAAUUGUACUGGAGAGAAAGUCAAAUACUACUGACCUCCUGCCUGGCAUUGACUUACUGGUUAUGGAAGACUGGCUCCUGGUUGUUUUGGUGGUUCUGGGUUUCCUACUGCUACUGCUCCUCAUCGGGAUCUGCUGGUGCCAGUGCUGCCCACACACGUGCUGCUGCUACAUCAGCUGCCCCUGCUGCCCCGACCGUUGCUGUUGCCCACGAGCAUUGUACGAGGCAGGGAAAGCAGUGAAGAAAGGUGUACCCAGUCAGUAUGCUCCCACCCUCUAUGCUCCCAGUAUGUAUGCUCAGCCAGCAUACGGUGGACCGCUAAUGAAUCAGCCUGUUAUGCCCCUGCUUCCUCUACCCAAUGGAGCUGGAGUACCACAUCCCCAGAAUGGUUACAAUCGUGAAUAUGAUGGCGCCAGCUCAGUGGGACAAGGCUCACAGGUGCCUCUGCUGCACGACCAAGACAGUGGAGCAGACCACACGCGCAGUGGAUAUCGUAUCCAAGUGGACCCUGAUGGGAAUGCCACACGUGCCAUUUACUAUAUGGAAAGAGAACUGGCCAACCUGGACCCAUCCAAACCUACCAACUACAACCGCUUGGAGAAUAUGAGUGAAGUCUCUUCCCUGCAUGAUAGCUUGGAGCCUCGAGGCCGCGGCGGUCGUUCACAGCCACCACCUCUGCCCACAGUCUAUGACCGGGAUGAAGCCAUGAGCACCAUCAGCAGUGUUUCCCAGCAUGCCCACCGCCGUGAUGACUACCCGCGCCGGGGUGGAGGGCACAUGGGGGAUCGUGUGCGCGCCCGUUCCAUGGACAACCUUGACGACAUCGGACGUCGCUACGGCCGAGACGACUACCCACCACGGCACCGCCCAGAUGAGCCCAGAGGCAGGAGAGGCUCGGAUGAUGAGUGGAGCAGCAGUGCCCGCAGUGGCUAUGACCGUGACUUUGACGAUCGCAGGCGUCGUGACUACUCCCCUGAUGAUCGUCGGAGAGAAGGAGGAAGAGGAGGUUACGGUGGCCUCCCCGGGAGACGCAGCCGCAGCCGUGAUGACUUGAUGGAUCUGGAGAGGGAUCAUCGGGCUGGCGGAGGUGCUAGGGGCGGGCGAGAUGACUAUGACGACAGCUUCCUGCGAGAGGCCAUGGAGAGGAAGAGGAUGGGUGAGCAGCAGAGGGCCCGCAGCAGGGACCGACUGGACACCGAGAGCGACCGCUCGGAUUGGGGGAGGACACCACGUGGACCCCCACCACUCCCUGUGAGUCCGCCCUCUAGAUACCCUGAUCGCCGUGAUGACUACCCGCCACCUCCACCUCCGCCAUACAGUGAUGAGGAAAGUGUGUCAUCUUCUAAGAAAAGCAACCUCCGCAAGAAUGGAGCUGUGAGUCGGGAAAGCCUUGUGGUGUAAAACCAACCGUGAUGGGCGCAACCUGUCCAAUAAUAGCAGCUUCAAUUCAUCAGAUUAACCAGUUCAAUUUUAAGACUGUAAAUAUCUUUCACACUGGUAAUUUGCUGUGCUGAUUUUUAUAUUGCAUAAUUUACAAUAAGAUUAUCACAAAUUGAUGCUGAAUGUGUAUGUAUACUUUUCUAACAGAGAAGAGGUGCAAAAAUUAAAUGUUUUUAUGCCUUUUCAUGUACAAAACAUUGUGGCUGCCACAAGUGCCUUAGUGUGUACAGAAUUUUACUUUUAGACAUGAAAUAAUUCUCGGUAAAAGUGUUUACAACUUGAGUAAACAUGUUCCGAUUGCUUUUAAACCUUUACAUAGUUUCAGUUAGCUGAUGAGGUACUGAUGUAGAUUCAUAAGGGUUUAUGGAUUUUCUUUGUCUUUUUACUCGUGAAAAACUGAUUGCUUUUUAUAAGAAAAAAUAUGCACAUUUAGAAGAAUUUAUUCUAUCUUUGCUUGUGCUCAGUGUAUUUAGAAACCUUGUGAACAAAAUUGUCUUGGUUAAAAUUUGUUUUUGAGUACUUUUAAGUUUUUUUGUCCUUUUUUUUUACGCUGAAUUUCAGUUUUAACCUACAAUAUGUUGUACAGCCAACCAGUAAUACACUCUGAAAAUGCAAUUGUUUAUUGUGAUGUGAUGAAACCUAAUUUUACAAUAAAGGUCUCCAUUGCCAGGCCAUUUA